GCCAGCUGACAAAGAAAACAUUAUUAAAGAGAAACUCAGUUGAUGAGGAGCUCACAGAAGCCUGAACACCGAGGAAGACAAGCAGCAACCAUUUUUAGGGAAUACCAAAACAGCAAUGGAACUUGGGGUGUUUCUCAUCAUGAUUUUCUCAGUAAUAGGCAGCCUGUGCUCUGUAACAAGCACAACCACAGAUCCUAAUAUGACAACCACAACUGAGGCUCCUACUAUAGCAACAACUGCAGCUCCUACUACAACAACCACAGAUCCUUCUACAACUACAACUGCAGCUCCUACUACAACAACCACAGAUCCUUCUACAACCACAACUGUAGCUCUUACUCCAACAACCACACUUCCUGCUAUGACAACUACAACCACAUCUCCUACUACAACAACUGCAGCUUCUAGUACAACAACAAAUGCAGCUCCUAGUAUAACAACAACUGCAGCUCCUAGUACAACAACCACUGCAGCUCCUAGUACAACAACAACUGCAGCUCCUAGUACAACAACCACUGCAGCUCCUAGUACAACAACCACUGCAGCUCCUAGUAUAACAACAACUGCAGCUCCUACUACGACAACAACCGCAGCUCCUACUACGACAACAACCGUAGCUCCUACUACGACAACAACUGCAGCUCCUAAUACAACAACAACUGCAGCUCCUACUAUAACAACAACUGCAGCUCCUACUACGACAACAACUGCAGCUCCUAGUACAACAACAACUGCAGCUCCUACUACGACAACAACUGCAGCUCCUAGUACAACAACAACUGCAGCUCCUAGUACAACAACAACUGCAGCUCCUAGUACGACAACAACUGCAGCUCCUACUACGACAACAACUGCAGCUCCUACUACGACAACAACUGCAGCUCCUACUACGACAACAACCGACAACAACUCUCCUACUACGACAACAACUGCAGCUCCUACUACGACAACAACCGUAGCUCCUACUACGACAACAACUGCAGCUCCUAGUACAACAACCACUGCAGCUCCUAGUACAACAACAACUGUAUCUCCUAGUACAACAACCACUACAGCUCCUAGUACAACAACCAACCACUGCAGCUCUACUGACAACAACUGCAUCUCCUACUACAACAACAACUGCAGCUCCUACUACGACAACAACUGCAGCUCCUACUAG